AUGGCAUCCGCCUUCUUCUCCCUCAUCGACUCCAUUGGGGAGACCUUCGAGGGCGUUGUGGAGAAUGUGGAAAAUGUCGUUGGGACGGUGGAGAAGGAGGUUGAGGGGGCAGUUCAGCAGAUGGACGCAGGAGUGGACCUCGACGAUGUCCUGGAGGAGAUCCAGCUUGCCACUGACGAGGCAGCUCUGCUCGAAGCCUAUCGUCGCCUCGAGGUCUUGGCGACAAGCCAGGCAGCGGUCAUCUUGCACGGCUGGGUCGUGGAGGAUCGGGUUGUUCCUGUCGUCUGCGCUGCCCUGUGCCGCGUGGAGUCAGCAAAGCUGGCGGCGGCGCCUCUUGCCAGGACGCUGAACGGCAUGGGCCGGGCCUUGGACUCCACCGGCACUACCUUUGAGGAGACGUGCGCCUUCCACGAGCAGAUCGUCCGGCGGACGGAGAACGGCAAGGCCAUGUUGAAGCUGCUGCAGGCGACGGACCCGGCCUCGCGGACGGAAAGCUUGGCGCUGCUUCGCCGUGUCUACCCGCAGACCAGCAAGGUGCUAGGGCGCCACCUCCUCAGCGACCCACAGUCCAUUGCAGCCUUGAUGCAGAUUUUGCAGGAGGCGGGUGGGUCCAGCUGGGCCGACGUCCCGGAGGAGGCUGCGCUGUGUGCCGAGUGUGUGCAUUUCCUGCGGCUGGUGACAGCAGAAGAUGGCGACGUGCGCAUGAUCAUCACCUUCCAGGAUGGAGCCGAGGCCCUGCUGGCCAUCGCAACCCAGGCCCUGAGCGUGGCCAGUUCAUCAGGAUCGCUUGACGCAGCUUCAGCCCUUCUCAGCUUGGCCGGCAAUGCUUGUGUCUGCGUGCAGCAACUCGUCGGCCAGGGCCCGGUCGCGCAGAAGUACAUGCGGGAGGCCGGGCACCUCACGACGGUCCUCCGGACCUUGCGCUGUUUUUUCGGUGCGCUGGCGCUGCAGGCGGAGGGCAGCGCUUGGACCAGCGGCCUUCAUGCUGCUGCCACAGUGCUUCUGGACACGUUGGCGGCGUUUGUCAUGAAAGCCGGUUCAGAGGCGGCAGGGAACUCCAAGGUCUUGGUUCAGUCCCGCGGCGGUCUGCUUGAGAUGGUCUGCAUGGAGGUCUUGCCCUGUCCUGGCCUGGGGCCAUUGAGGCUUCGUGCCGUGGAGGUGCUGGCCGGUGCACUGGCAGCGGCCGAGGAGAAGACGCUCGCAAGCCUCACGCAGACGCAGGUCGACAGGUCGGCCAUGGACGUUCUGGUCUCCAUCUUGCUGGGAAGCGAAGAGGUCCAGGCUUCGCUGGAGCUCCGUGCUUCCAUCGAGGUUCUUCUGACCACCGCGGUAAGCGGCGCUGAUGUGCGCCAGGUGCUGCUCCGGCCGUGUCUGGAAGAGGGGCCCGCGACGGCCGCAGGCUCCCAGCUGCUCUCCGUCCUCCGUGCAGCCGACCGGCCAAAAGGCAGUGCUCCGGCUGGAGGCGGCUGUGGCGGCGGCGGCUUCGACUGGUUCCCGGCGGAUGGUAACACUUGGUUUGCGGCACGCUUGCUUGAGACGUGCCUCCUGUGCGACGGUGGCCUGCGUAAAGCCCUUGCAGAGCCAAGGACCUCCGCAAGCGAGCAGGGCAGCAGCUUGCUGACGGAAGUCCUUGGACCUUUGGCCGGCUUGGCACGCGCCUGGCGAUCGCAAGCAGCCCAGGAGUUGACGUCGCAGUCGGAGAAGGCAGUGGUGGGUGACCCAAGCGCAUCGCUGUGUGCUCUUCUGCAGCUCGUGGCCGAGUGGUGCAACGGUUGCACUUCAGCAGCAGAGGUCCUGGCCCGCUCCCCAGCGCAGCUGCCGGAGCUGGUGGCACUGCUGGAGCCCUCGACUUCGCCCUCGCAUGGGGCGCAUGUCCGCGGCCUCACUGCUUUGGUGCUGGGCACCUGUUUGCUGCAGCUCCCUUCCCAGGAGGAUGCGCUUGUCAGUCAGGGCCGGCUCAUGGAGAUCUUGGCUGCCCGUGUCGGUGUGGACGCCUUCACGCGUGCGGCAGAGGAAUUUUUGCGGUGCCUCAACGUGGACACAUCCGCCUCCCGGUUGCGGCGCUAUCCCGUCGGCUUCCCGGCGGUGGCGGCGCGGCGCUUCCAGGAGAUCCAGGAAGCCAUGGUCCGCAUCUGGCUGGAGCGAGGUGCGGGUGGUGUGGGCUCGCCUGCAGCCGGCAUGGCCGAGGAUGUGGCUGAGCAUUUCAAAGACCUCAUCAAGAUGCAGGAUAAGGAGCUAAGAUCUCUCCGGGCCGAGGUGCAGCAACUCAAGGAGGAGAACACAGAGCUGCGGAAGUUGACCACCGACGAGGAUAAGACGCUCCUUUUGUGGAAGGUCGGGGCCCUUACCAAGCAGUGCGAGGCGCUGCAAGCCCAGUCCGAUCUCCUGCAGGCGAGCCGUGGCUCCGUGGAGGUGGCUCGGCUCCGCGAGCGCCAGCGGCAGCGCACGGUGCGCCAGGAGCUCGAGCAGCAGCUCCAGGUGCUGGCUCUGGCGCUGGACGAAGCCGAGGCGCGCAAAGAGCCCCUUCGGCCCUUGCAGCAGGCAAGUCACGCGGAGGUCGACAGCUUGGCUGCUGAGAGGGACGAGUUGCUGGCAGUUCUCACUGAAAUCAGCAACGCGUGCCCGGAGGUGGCAGGUUUCCUCGCGCCCUUGGGCUUCGCACCGUCAGACCCAGACAGGGAGGUCAGCGCCUGGGAAGCGGCGGCGGAGUGUCUGGGGCACCAGGCCAUGACCCUGUCCCUGGCCGGUCCCGUUAAGGUCAUGGAAGCGGCAUGCAUGAACGGGCCUGCCGGCCACACUGAUGCAAAUCGGACAGCAGUGACUGCCGACAGUACUGGAGAGACACCAGGCAAUGGCGCAGCCGGCCACUCUGAUGCGACUGCAAGCGCAAGCGCCGGUGCCAGCGCGACCACGAUGCACGCGACCCAAGCAUCCUCCGUCACCAGCCUUGCCGGCUAUUCUGAUGCAAAUCGGACAGCUGCGAGCGGCGACCAAGCAGCCUCGGCCAACAACACAGCUGCAGGUUACUCUGAUGCGAGUCGGACAGCCGGUGGCAACGGUGGCAUGGAGACUACGCUUCAGGCGACAGACGUAGUCCUUGCCAACAGCCUCACCGGCUGCUCUGAUAAGACGACGGAGGCGUUCUCCGUUCAGGGCUUCCCCGGCCACUCUGAUGCGACUGCAAGCGCAAGCGCCGGUGCCAGCGCGACCACGAUGCACGCUAUUCUGAUGCAAAUCGGACAGCUGCGAGCGGCGACCAAGCAGCCUCGGCCAACAACACAGCUGCAGGAUGCUCUGACACGUGGAGACCUCAGAGCCUUUGACAGCCAGAAGCCGAUUCCCACAGAAUUGCGUGGAGAGGACAGGAAACUCCGCAAGGUCUUGGACUUGGCGGACGACCGGACGAAGGACCAGCGCAAAGCCAUGGACGAUGAGUAUGCUUACCUCGGCGUCAAGGACCCAAAGGUGUUGGUCACCACCUCAAGAGAUCCGUCCUCACGUUUGAGCCAAUUCCUGAAAGAGCUCCGGAUGUUGUUCCCUGGAGCUCAGCGUAUGAAUCGCGGCAGCUAUGUCGUGAAGGACCUAAUGCAGCUGGCCCGGUCGCACGAGAUGACGGAUGUGAUCUUGGUGCACGAACACCGUGGCGAGCCCGACGGCAUGGUCGUUUGCCACCUGCCCUUCGGGCCCACGGCCUACUUCGGCUUGUCCAACGUGGUGCUGCGCCACGACCUCGCUGAGAAGCCACCGGCCAUGUCUGAGGCCAGCCCGCACCUCGUCUUCCAUGGUUUCACAGCCAAGACUGGGAUCCGGGUGAAGACGAUCCUGCAGGCACUCUUCCCACCGGCAAAGCAAGCCGGCGACAGAGUCAUGACCUUUGCCAACCACCACGAUGUGAUCCAUUUUCGGCACCACAGCUUUGCAAGGCCAAAGGGUCCUGGCGGCGACGGCCAUCGCUCUCGGGCGAAGGACGUGGCUCUUACAGAAAACGGGCCCCGAUUCCAGAUGAGGCUCUUUCGUGUGGAGCUUGGGACGAUCGACAUGAAGGACGUCGAGGUGGAAUGGGUCCUCCGACCUUACUUCAACCGGCAGAAACAAGCGUUGGCUUUGCCUGAUGAGGACGGCAAAUGCCUUUCUUUAUCCGUGGGAGUCUCGAGCCUCCUGAUCAGGAGGAGCCAAAGACCUGAGGGCUCCGUCGCUCCGUCGCUCCGCCGACCCACCUGUCUCACCCACAGUGCCCGGCCCGGUCCGGCAUGCGCAGCUUUCCAGUUCGUCAAAGAUACGUGUGAGCCAGCAGUGGUUUGCUUCCUUUUCGGAUUUCGUCGCAGUCUCAACCGUCUCUACCUGCCAACUUGCCUGCUUGUGCUGCUCCCGGAUGUUGGAGAUCCCUGGCCCGAGAGUGGCCCAUCUUGUUGGGGGACAUGGCGCGGCGAGGAGACGUGA